UUAAGGCGAGAGGAGCGAGCGCAGCGCAGCUAUCAGCGGAUCGGAGAUAAGAGCAGGCGGCCGCACUCGUCUUCCAAAGGCGGCUCAGCAUCCUUGUCCAUCUUCCACCUCUAUUUUUAGGGGGAUCUCUAUACCCCCCUUUAUUUGGAUGCUGCUUGUGGGUCCGACACGUGAAGGGGACCUCCUGGUCUCUUACAGCCGCGUGCUUGAAAGCUUGCCUCGGUUGCAACAACUCACAAAGAUUAGCCAAGCUCUUCAUGUCCCAUCACCAAGUCUGGCUAUCAAGAUUCCUGGCUUGUCGUAAUUGUUUCCCGGUGGCUGUUGCUUCACCCUUCUGUUCCUUUUUUGAAAGGAUAUAAGAUGUACCAGAGCUUAGCUCUUGCUCCCAACCCUGGCCAGUCGGCCUACUCCCAUGACUCCGGCAAUUUCCUACACUCGCCUACAAGCCCAGCAGUGUAUGUGCCCACCAGCCGAGUGCCCUCCAUGCUCCAGAGCCUGCCAUACCUGCAAAGUUGUGAAUCUACUCAUCAAGGCCACCCUCUGAGUGGCCACCCAGGAUGGGCACAGGCAGCUGGUGCAGACGCCUCACAUUUCAAUGCCAGCAGUCCUCACCCACCAUCGGGUUUCUCCUAUUCCCACAGUUCCCCUGGUGGUAGCGGUGGUAGAGAUGGAGGUUACCAGAGCCCCCUUUUACUGGGUACUGGUGGGCGGGACCAGUAUGGCAACACACUGGUACGCUCGGUCAAUGGAUCCUACUCCAGCCCUUAUCCUGGUGCUUAUGUCAGCCCUGCAGAGAUGCCACCAUCUUGGACUGCUGGACAUUUUGAAAGUAGCGUCUUGCACAGCCUCCAGUCACGCCAGGGAUCAUUGCCAGGCCGGAGAUCCACUUUUGAGUUCUUGGAGGAAUUCCCUGGAGAUGGCAGAGAAUGUGUUAACUGUGGGGCUAUGUCCACACCACUCUGGAGGAAAGAUGGCACAGGGCACUACCUGUGCAAUGCCUGUGGUCUCUAUCACAAAAUGAAUGGCAUUAACCGGCCACUCAUCAAGCCACAGAAAAGACUGUCUUCAUCUAGACGUGCUGGUCUUUGCUGUACUAACUGUCAUACAACCAAUACUACACUCUGGAGAAGGAAUGCAGAAGGGGAGCCAGUCUGCAAUGCAUGUGGAUUAUACAUGAAACUACAUGGGGUACCAAGGCCUCUGGCAAUGAAGAAAGAAAGCAUCCAGACAAGAAAGAGGAAACCUAAAAAUAUCACCAAAGGCAAAUCCUCAACAGGUUCCACAACUUCAACCACCAAUUCCCCUUCCUCUAUUACCAACUCUGAAAGCACCGUCACUUUAAAAACUGAACCUGUCGUAACAUCGCAAUAUCCAGGACAAUCAAUAGUAUCAACAUCCCAGGAUCCAAGCCAGUCUGGAGAUGCCUUGGCUGACAGUCACACCCAGUUCAAGUAUGAACCGGAAGAUUACACCUUUUCUUCCGGUGCUAUGCCCCAGCAAACAGGACUCAGUGUUCCCCUUCGUCAAGACUCAUGGUGUGCAUUGGCACUGGCCUAGGAAACCAGUCUUCCAGUUUGAAAUAAAACAUGCUGCAGAACAACCCUUAAUUGUCAUGACAUCA